CUUAAUACAAAAAACAUCAAUAAACAGCUUCAAAGCAGUAAAAUUCAAAAAUUUUCAAUUAUUGAAAGUUUAGGAUUUAAAAAAUUUUUAAAAUUUAUUUUUAGGUGUCAAUUAUAAUAUGGAUUAUGAGAUAUAGAAAUAUUGUAGAUUCACGUCUUCCCCGAUCGAAAUUAGUCAAAAAUAGGGGCAUAUUAUUACAUUUUUUCAUUAUGUUAACAAGAAAAGUGUUAAAAAAAUUUUCUAGUCCAUCAAUAAUAGGAUAUAUUGCAGCAACUAUAAUACUUAUUAUAAUAAUAUGGCCAGAUCGUUAUGCAAAAUAUUAUGAAUAUAUUGAAGCAAAAGAUGUAUAUGAUAAUUUAGUGCCUGAAACAACUAGUAAUAUUUCUUUGGAACGUUUAAUAGCGUGCGAAUAUGAUGAUAUUAUAUUUGAUAAUGAUUAUUUAUUUACGCAAACAUAUCGUUCACAAUUAUUUAAUAGCGAUGAAAUACGUUUAGGUGGUGAAUAUACAUCAGAUGAAUGCCGUCCGAAAUUUAGUAGUGCCAUAAUAAUACCAUAUCGUAAAAGAGAAGAGCAAUUGCAUUCAUUUUUAAUUUAUAUGCAUAAUUUUUUACGUAAGCAACGUAUACAUUAUAGAAUAUUUUUAAUUGAACAAUAUGAUGAAAAACCAUUUAAUAGAGCAAAAUUAUUUAACAUUGGUUAUGAAAUGGCUAUAAAAUUUGGAUUUCCAUGUUUGAUAUUACAUGAUGUUGAUUUAAUGCCUAUGAGUUUAGGUCAAAUAUAUGCAUGUACCGAGCAACCACGUCACAUGUGCUCAAGUUUAGAUAAAUUUCGUUAUAAUUUACCAUAUUUAGGUUUAUUUGGUGGAGCUGUUGCAAUACGAACUGAGCAAUUUAAAUUCGUAAAUGGUAUGUCAAAUUUAUUUACUGGUUGGGGUGGUGAAGAUGAUGAUUUUUAUGGACGAUUAAAAGCAAAAAAUAUUGAAAUUUGUCGAUUUUCACCAGAUUUCAGCAAAUAUAUAAUGCUUAGGCAUGGUAUUGAAGAGCCAAAUGAAGAACGUAUGGAUUAUUUACAUAGUGGACCAAAACGUUAUCAUACCGAUGGAUUAAAUUCUUUAAAAUAUAAAUUAGUUGAUAUUAAAUUACAUAGUUUAUUUACUCAUGUUUUAGUUGAAACAUAAAAAAGUAUUGUAGUUAUUAGUGUUAGUUUUUUCUUUAAAUAAGUUAGAAAGCUUUAAUAUUUAAAUUUAUUUAAAAUUUUACGAUAUUUGUAGAAAAUAGUAUGAUAUUAAAAUUAUGUAUUAUUAGAAAAUAAUACAUUAUUAAUGAUUUUACCAUAAAGAAAAAAAAUAAUAUUAACUUUUAGCUACAAAAGUAGUAUUCUGAAUCUCAAUUCUUGGUCAAAGAAAUGUUGCCUUUAAAAAAUACUCUAUUGGAAACAAUGAGAGGCUAAAGUUAAGUACUAAAAUAUUUAUAUUUAAGGGCUUAAAAUCUUAAAUUGUAUUUUAUUAAGUACAUCUUACUACUUUUUAGAUUAUAGUAAUUAGUGAGUUAUUGAUAAAACAAAAUAGCUAUUACUUAAUUAAUUCUUAAAAUAAUAUGAUAAAAAAAAUUCCAAAAUUUAAUUUUAUUUUUAAGAUCAUAUAGAUACAACAAUGCUGUUUUGCAUAUUUAGUUAAAUAAUUGAGGUUUGAGUUGAAGUAAAAUAUUUGAUGUUUUGAUUUAAAUUAAAAAAAGAAAACUUUCGCGUAAUUGAUAUUAAUUUGAAACUAUGUUUUAUUAGAAUAAAUGAAUUAUAUAAUAAUUUUAAUAGCUUAAAUGAGCGUUCAAUUUAGUGUAGAAUAGUCAAAAUUUACAAUUUUUAGUCCCACAUUUAUUUUUGGUAAAUAUAUUUAGGCUUUUUAAAUCAGAGCGAACCUUGAGUGCCAUAACGAUUAAUUUCUAUCAAAUAUUAACUUAAAUUAAUUUAAAAUUGUUAUGAAAGGUAAAAUUGCUUUUUUUUUUUUAAACAAAUGCAAAAUUAUUUAAUAUUAUAUUAAAAAAAAUUAAUAGACCAAAUUAUUUCUCAUUUUAACCUUUAUUUGAGGGCAAAACCCAAAAAAUAUUUAUUUUAAAAUUUGUAGGUACGUAUUUUGUUUAUUUUUUUUCUUUUGUAAGAGUAAUUUUGUAAAUUUCCGAUUGGGGCUGUGUUUAUUUAUUAUUUUAUUUUAUUUAUCCGCUUUUGCAUAUUUUAAACAUAAAUAAAUUUUAAAAGACAUAAGAAAUCAAAGAAUCAAAAUUGCUUUAAAGUUUUUAGAUAAAAAAAAUUUAUAAAAUUUUUCAAAGAAAAAUUGUAGCAAAAAUUUCUAUGUAGAAAAGCGGCCUUAAUUUUAUGAUUCAUUGCUUUUAGAAAAUGCUAAAAUCAGUUAUUUUUACAUAAUAAAUCAAUAACAAGUAAAAUAAAUUUAAAGUUGUUUUAUUCGAUUUAUUUAACUACAAAUGUUGUAAUGCACAUCUUUGGAAACGUAUUUUUAAAGCAGAAUUUAGU